UAGUUUUUUAACCUAAAAAUGUACAAUUUUAUCUUGAAAAAGAAUUUGAAGAGAACCUGCAAUUCCAAGUAACCGGUAGGAUUAAGUACGACGUAAUAUGUGUAUUACCAUUAUAUAUAUGCAAUAGAUGAUAAUUAAGGAGUUGAAUUUAGCUAAAAAGAUGGAGUUUGAGGAGGAGCAUGAAGGAGAGGUACCGAGUUUUGACUCACUCGGCAACUCUAACUCGACUCGGCCAGCCAAAAUGCCGAGCCCUGCUGAAACGUCGUUGAGGAAGCCUAGGUACAAAGAGUGUUUGAAAAAUCACGCAGUGGGUAUCGGCGGCCACGCGGUGGAUGGAUGCACUGAGUUUAUGGCAGCGGGAGCGGAUGGAAGCCUGGAUGCACUCAAAUGCGCCGCUUGCAAUUGCCAUCGGAAUUUCCACCGGAAGGAAACUGAAGAAGCCGUAGGUUUUAGCUUCCACCACCACCACCAGAACCAGCAACAACAGCUACUCUUGACUCACCACCCACACGGGCAUUUCAGCUACAGAAGCCCAAGUGGGUACCUCCACGUUGCACACCCACAGCAGCAGAGACCCCCUCUCGCCUUGCCGUCGAGCUCAGGCGGCGGCGCAGGAAGUGGGUCAAGAGAUGAGCUCGAGGACUAUUAUUCCAACCCCAGCAGCAGCGCAGGGAAGAAAAGGUUCCGGACCAAGUUUACACAAGAGCAGAAAGACAAGAUGCUGAAUUUGGCUGAACGUUUGGGGUGGAAGAUUCAAAAACAAGAUGAGGAAUUGGUGCAGCAACUCUGCAAUGAAUUAGGAAUUAGAAGGCAUGUGCUCAAAGUCUGGAUGCAUAACAAUAAGCACACUCUUGGUAAGAAAACCUAGCUGGACCACCUGGUUAACUAGAACAAAAAGACGAUGAAUGAUUCUACUGAGAAUUAAUGAAAUUACUUUGUGGAGUUGAAGAAAUUAAUAUUUCAUGUUCUUAUUCCAUGAUUUUGUAUCUAGCUUAGGGAACUGAGAAUAUCAAUCAUGCUAGAGUUCUAGUAUUUAGCAGAUGAGGCAAGAUUAAUAUUUCAAAUUUGGGACUUCUGCUUACUCGGGAAUUCUUUGUUAUUAUUAAUUCCAAUUCUAGGGUUUUGUUUCUUACAUUUUAAA